CAGCUGCGCUAGCAACUGCACGCGCCAAACGCAAUCGCAAACGCAUUUGCUGUCCAAUCCUUUGACAGCUCCACUGCGAAUGCAUUUGGAAUUACCAUCCGAGUCCAGCUGAUCUCAGAUAUCACGUUUCAUUGACAUACUUCCGCCUCUGUGAGUGUGUGUGUGUAGGGCACAUAAGAACCAACUCCAUCAGGAUGAUAUUCGGUAACUGCACGCGUAAACAAAUACUCACGAUGAGUGCCUUGGCCGCUGGCGCUGUCCUGGCGAUCGUUGCCAUCGUCGUGUUCAACAGCCGGGCGGAGGCGAAGUUGCCGCCCUGGGUGCGGCCCAACAGAUUGCACAAGUGCCUCAGAUCGCGGCCAAACACAACAGAGUCGACGCUGGAGCUGGUGCACAUUGUGUUCAGGCACGGCAUACGCACACCUGUUGACACCUAUCCCAACGAUCCCUACAUCAAGGACAGCUUCAAGCCCACCGGCUGGGGGCAUGUGACCAAUCGCGGCAAGAAAGAGCUCUACGAUAUGGGUCGCUGGCUGCAUCGACGCUACGGCGACUUUAUGGGUUCCUUUUACAGACCCGACCGCCUGCACGCUCAGGCAACGGCAUCGCCGCGUGCCAUGAUGUCGCUCCAGACGACGCUGGCCAGCAUGUUUGAGCCGCGCGGCACGGCAAUGGAGUGGAACAAGCAGCUCAACUGGCAGCCCAUACCCAUAUUCUCGGAGCCGUUGGAUCAGGAUUCGUUGCUGCUGGUGCGCACGCCGUGUCCGCGUUACUUCGAGGCACGGGACGAGGUGUUCCAGCUGCCCGAGGUGAUUGCGCAGCAGGCGCCCUAUGCAGACAUGCUGCGGGAGCUGAGCAAUCUGACGGGCAUGGAGAUGCGCAAUGCGGAGGAUGUGAACUCCUUGUAUAUAACUCUGCUAGCCGAGCAGGAGUUUGGUUACAAGCUGCCCGACUGGGCCAAGGAUUACUUUCCGGAGCGCAUGCAAUUCCUAGCCGAGCAGAGCUACAUCUACAAUGCGUACACGCCCGAGAUGCAAAAGAUCAAGGGCGGCCCCUUCCUGCGCAAGAUGUACGACGAGAUGCUGGCCAAGCAGGCGGGCACGCUGAAGCCCAAGGAUCGCGGCAUGUUCAUCUACACGGGCCACGACUGGACCGUGGGCAACAUACUCUCCGCCCUGGGUCUCUGGAAGCGUCAAAUGCCGCGCUUCGCCGUGAUGGCCAUCUUUGAGACCCAUCGCAAUGUUAAGACGGGGGAAUACUACGUGGAGAUCUUCUUGCGCAACGAUGAGUUCGGCUGCCUGGAGCAGCUGAAGCUGGCCGACUGCGCGCUGCAGUGCCCACUGAACCGCCUCGUCAAACUGAGCGCAUCGAUGCUGCCCAACGAGCCCAUGGAGCAGCGCUGUCGCGCUCGCAACGCCGAUUUUGUGGAACCGCCGCCACGCAAAAUCGAUCAGGCUGUAUAUAUAUUCAUAUACAGAUUUGUAAGGCAAAUCAAAUUGUUUGUAAUGUGGCUCAAGUAUUCGGUUAGUCUGUGGCUUUGCCUGUUGCUUGUGCGAGCAGCCAUUGUGCCCAUCGAGGAGCCACAGGAUGAGCAUAAACAAGAACUGGGCCAAUCAAACUCAACGCUGGAGCUUGUGCAUUUGCUGUUUCGACAUGGCCCACGCACUCCCGUCACCACAUACCCCAGAGACCCGCAUAUUAACGAGACCUAUGAGCCCUACGGCUGGGGUCAGCUGACGAAUGAGGCCAAAGUGGAGCUCUACAAGAUUGGAAAACAAAUGCGCAAACGCUACAAAAAUUUGCUGCUGCCCUACUAUAAGCCCGAUCUGCUGCACGCUCAGGCGACGCAGUCGUCACGCACCAUUAUGUCCCUGCAGAUGGUGCUGGCCGGCAUGUUCCCGCCAGAGAAUACGCCCCUGGAGUGGAAUAUGAUGCUCAACUGGCAGCCGAUACCCAUCUACACGGUGCCGGAGGCCAGCGAUAAGAUCCUGCGCCAGAAGGUGCCCUGCCCACGGUACGAGGAGGCCGUCUGGGAGGUGAUGCACACGCUCGCCUUGCACGAGAAGAACGCCGAGCUGCUGCAGGAGCUGAGCGACUUGACGGGCCUGAAUGUGACCUAUGCUCAUGACGUGACGGACGUCUACAUCUCACUGCAAACCGAACUGGCCUACGGCCUGAAGCUGCCCGAGUGGACCAGGGACUACUUCCCGGACAAGAUGCGCCCCCUGGCGGCCAAAGCGUAUACCUAUGAUGCCUACACGCCGGAGCUGUGCAAGCUGAAAGGUGGCUACUACCUGGAGGACGUCUACAAGCACAUGCAGGCCAAGAUUUACGGCAAACUGGAGCCAGCGGGCAGAAAGCUGUUCAUAGCCUGUGCACACGACUGGACCAUAUCGAAUGUGCUCAGCGCUCUGAAUGUCUGGGGUGACCGAAUGCCUCGCUUCUCGGCUCUGAUUGCCAUCGAGCUGCAUCGGCGCACAGAUAGCGGCGACUACUUCGUCGAGAUCUACCUGCAAAACGAUCCCAGCAAGCCGCCACAGCUGCUGCAGGUGCCGGGCUGUGCGGAGCAGUGUCCCAUUGAGAAGCUGCUGAAGAUCUCAGAGCCUAUCCUGCCCGACGCGCCCUACGAGCAGCUGUGCCUGGCCAAGGGCACCAGCGACGGCACACGCAUCACAUACCACAAAUGAGCGGCCCUCAACUUAAUCUAGCAGUAUUAACUAAACUAUAUAUACACAUAUUUAGAGAUGAUUUAUAUAGAUGGGGUGUAUAUAUGUAUAUAAUAAUAUAUAUUUAAAGUCUCUGCGAUUGAGUUGCUGUUUGAUUGAUUUGCACGCCAACACGAACAGCCUGGGUCAAGCGGAAAAUGUGUAUGCGUGCCGUACUCCAGCUGGCGGAGGGUAGUUACAAAAGUUGUAUGGCUUAGGCAUGCUUAUGCUUAUAUGUAUGUGGCUCAGUUAAGAUAAGACUCUAAUAGGUGAAAGCUAAUUAAAGUGCUUGUGGAAAUA